CCCCCCCCCCUUCCUUCCCUCCUUCCCCCCCAUGUCCCAGGGGAGAUGAGGGGGCAGCUGGGUAUUGCCCCCCCCACAGCUUCCACAUCCCCCCCACCCUGGGAUCGUUGGCAGAACCCAGGCAUCCGGGCUCCCAGCCCCCCUGCUCUCUUUCCUGCCCAGGGAAACCAAGUCUCUGGGCCUGUACCCCCCACACCUGCCCCCUCCAAGCAGGAGAGAACCCAAGCAUCCGGGCUCCAGCACACCCCCUCCCGCCCUCCAUUGAUCUGUCAAUCACUCUCCCAGGGGCUCCUGAUCAGCAAAGGUCAAAGGGCAACUUGAAACCAGACCCCCGGCCUUGCCAGUGCCCCUCACUCCUGACCCACAGCCCCUGGUCCUCACCAGCCCUGCCAGUGCCCCUCACUCCUGACCCACAGCCCCUGGUCCUCACCAGCCCUGCCAGUGCCCCUCACUCCUGAUUUGCAGCUCCUGGCCCCCGCCCCUCCCCCAGCCCUGCCGGUGCCCCUCACUCCCAACCCGCAGCCUCUGCGCCACCCAGUCAGAUAUGGGGUGCAGGGGAGGGGCUGCUGCCUGCCCGUGACCUCUGCCCCCUGACGCGUUGGGCCCCUUAUCUUGGGGCUGCGUCAGCACGGGGGAGGGGGGGGAGUUAAAGGUCAAAGGUCAAGGCAGGAGAGGCUGGAGGGGAGUGCCAUGGCCCCCCAGCGCCUGGCCCGCUACCUCCUGCCCGUCGGCGCCUUCCUCGCCCUCCUCUACCUCUGCAGCCUGCGGCUCCAUGUGCCUCUCUUGGCCUGUGUCCAGGGGGGGGCACCCUGCCCCUGGUGGUGGUGGGGUGAGGAUGUGCCCCCCCGCCAGCCUGGAACCCAGCCCCCCCCAGAGCCCCCGGAGCCCACGGCGGCACUGUGCAAGGGCCAGCGCUUCCAGAUGGGGCGGCUGCUGCGUGCGUUUCAGGCCACUCUGGGCCCCCAUGGCGAGAUCCUGCUGGACCCCUACCUGGCCGGCUGGGCUGAGCUCGGCAGGUUCAUGGAGUCGCUGGGCCCAGCCUUCGGGCUGGUGCUGCACGAGACGCGCGCAAAGCUGGCGGUGCUGCAGGAGCUGCGGGAUGGCCCCAGUGCCCCCCACUACACCACGGCACAGGCCAUGGCGGCCCAUGAGCUGGCGCGGGGGCUAGUGGUGCUGACCCCCCCGGCACCGCCUGGCAACCCCCCCUCCGGCUGCCGCACACUGCUGCGCCUGCACCGGGCCCUGCUGUGGCUGCAGCUCUUUGUGGGGGGCCUGGGUGAAGGGGGGGACCCGGCAAGGGUCUGCGCCCGCGCCUACCACCGAGCCCUGGCCCCCCACCACCCCUGGUGGGUGCGGCAAGCGGCCGCCGUUGCCUUCCUGGCGCUGCCGCCGCGGCGCGAGCUGCUCGCUGCGCUCUGUCUGGGCGACCCUGGGGCCAGGGGGGCCACCCAGGCCCAGGCUGAGCUGAGGCGGGCGGCUGCCACCAUCGCUCGCGUUUACAACCGCACCCAGGACCUUUUCACCACCCACGGGAUGCUUGGCCUGCCCUAGCGGGGGUGGGAUCCUGGCCCAAUCCUGGGGGGCACUGGAAGUCGGGGGGUCUCGAUCCCAGUCUGAUCAUGGGGGUGCUGGAGGGGCAGGCGUCCCGAUCCUACCCGGAUCCAGGGGAGAUGGAGGCCCCAAUCUAGGCCCGAUCCUAAGGAAGGUCCCUUGAUCCUGGGAGAGGUGGGUCUCUCAAUUCGGGCCUGAUCCUGGGGGCUGGCACAGAGUCAGGGGUCGCGGCCCCAGGGCUAGGCACUGUCCAGACAAUAAAGACUCCUGCCCCACCCCA